AUGAGUCGAGCGGCGUUCGAGGGUGCCACCUCUUUCGGCACGGCCGUCACUGGAGUCAACAACAAGGAGCUCAACACGCUCCGCAGUCUAGCAGGCAAUCUUCAGGAUCAUAAGCAAGCGGGUAAGAGCCUCACUCUCUCCCUUAUGUUGGCGCCCACCAAGGACCUCGAUCCCAGCAUCGGGGCCACUUGGUUGCCCCAGGACCUUUCACCACUCUCUGGGCUUCUCUACAUCGGGUUGGAGUUCGAGCUCGUUCCUUGGAUCUCUGGAGUUUUCCUGAAGUGGAAAGCUGGCUACCCCGUGGACCCCAACUGCAUAGCCUGCCUCGCCGCUGGCUCCAUCAAGCUAGGUGACAUGGGGCCCUGGGCCUCUGGAGGCUGGGCUGUGGUUGCUUUGUCCAAAAGCGCCCGCGCCCUCCGCGAGGUCUCUGCUCUGUUGUGUGGCCCGCUUUUCUCUGAGUUGCCCACCAUCAAUGAGGCAGAUUUGGCGGCUCUGCUAGAGUGUCUCAAGCAUGCGUGUCCGCCCUUCGUUCUGCACACCGACUCUAAAUAUGUCUUCGGCGGUGUGCUGUCCAGAGGCCGUGUGCACACCACUCAUGUGCUAGACACGCACUGUUUUGUCUGGCGCGAGGUGUGGGCCAGGCUCGGGGAUUGGGGUUUUGACGGUUCUGAGUUUUGUGAGGCGGUUCGUUUCGUGAAGGUGCUUGCCCACUCCUCGAGCACGGACGUCCGAUCGGGACGCGGCACGACUCGUGACAAGUUCGGCAACGACAUGGCCGACCGCCACGCCAAGUGGGCGGCCCAGGCCGUCCGUCUGCCGCCGCUGCAAGCUGCCGCCGUCGCUUCCAGAAUCAAGGUUUUGAAGUCCUGGGUGAGGUCCGCCUGCGUCUUCCCCCCGCCAGAGGCCAUGCUGUCGGGGUGCUGGUCGGACGACGACAGGGCGGCGAGCAUCGGCACCUUAGAAGUGGGUGCGGAGAAGACUGGGACGAACCCUGGUCGAUUCGCCCGGGCUCUUGCCCUAGCGCCCGCCGCCCCAGACGGCGCCGCCGCGUGGUCGGCACCGUCCUCGGGCGGCGCCGUGUGGCACGCCAAGGUCAUGUCGGACGACUUCUCCGACGCUGCGAGCGCGCCCGGGGGGACGAUCAAGCCCUGCAGGCCGAUGCCAAUGAUCAAGGUGUCCGAACUCCUGGCCGGGCUGGAGCUCGAAAGUGGCCGCUGGCUCCUUCGCCAGCGGCUCAACGGCUGGCCAGGCCUGGUGGGUCUGGAGCUGGUGUCGCUGACGAGGAAGACCCGCUUCGCGGGCAUCCCUGCUGCCUCGGACGUCACGUCCUCCUUGGCACAGGCUCGAAGAAGAAACAAGUGCAUAGACAACUGCUCGGAGGUCCGCGAGGACCUUCGAGAGGUUGCGUUUGUGCCGUGCUUCUCUUCUACAGGCAUUUCUGGAUGUCGUGUGUUGCCGAGGCCCACGGGCUUCGACAGUGCCGGCGAGGGUCGGCAUCGAGCGCGUGUGGUCCGCCGGCUCGGGCGGAAAACUGCCUGA